GAUCGAGAGUUCAUUUAAACACCUUUGGCUUCAACACCAAUGGGACUUUGAAUGUCAACCUCACGAGUCUUCGAUUAAAAACAACUAUUGACCUGACGAAGAUCACAAUGGGGUUUAGCCUUGCAAAAACGAAGACUGAUGGUGUGGCUGCCUAUACAGUAGAUGACUCUGACACAUGUUUGCUCGAGAAAUAUAACAGUUCUUCAGGUGAUUCCCUCACCCUCUUCAAAUUUGAUCUAACACUGAAAAAAGUUUUCAUGAAGAAACAAGGUGGACAGAAAAAGCUGCAGAUAAUGCAACCGGAUGAUCAACAGAAUUCUGAAACGAAAAAUACACCAACUGUGAAGAAAGAUGACCAACAGGCAAAGAGCCCUGGGCCAAAAGUAGCGGUCCAAAAGAAUGUUAAACCUGGUUCAAAGUCAAGACGGAAAAGAGAAACAGAUCAAAGUAAGGGCAAAGAAGCGUCAAAAGGAAAAGUGCAGCCAGUUGAAGAGAAGAAAGCUGAAAAGGACGAGGAAGUUUUUGAACUGCACCACGAGAAUGAAAGCUACGCCUUCAAUUUCUUCAUAAAGAUUCCAAGCCCAGCAGAGGAAGGGCUUUAUACUCUCAGCUUCCACAACUGUUAUAAGAUCCCUUCAGAGAAAAAAAAAGCUGUUGCAUUUGACAUGACAAUUGACAUAACGGCAAAAAAUCCGAGGACCUACCUUUCUGCUGGCGAGUUCCCACUACCUGUGCUGUACCUGGUGAUGUCUGGGUUUUUCUUUGUGGCAGCCUUAUUCUGGGUCUCCCUGCUUCUAAAGCACAGGAGCAGUGUAUUUAAAAUCCACUGGUUGAUGGCUGCAUUGGCGUUCACCAAAUCCAUCUCCAUACUGUUCCAUGCAAUCAACUACUAUUUCAUUGCUGUUAAAGGAUCAGCGAUCGAAGGUUGGGCUGUGAUGUACUACAUUACUCAUCUAUUGAAAGGUGCCCUGCUGUUUAUUACUUUGGCUUUGAUCGGCACAGGAUGGGCUUUUAUAAAAUAUAUCCUGUCAGAUAAAGACAAAAAGAUCUUUAUGAUCGUGAUUCCUCUUCAGGUGUUAGCAAAUACAGCCUUUAUCAUCAUUGAAUCGACAGAAGAGGGGACGAGCGAAUAUGCCUUGUGGAAGGAGAUUCUGUUCCUGGUGGAUCUUAUUUGCUGUGGAGCGAUCCUGUUUCCUGUUGUUUGGUCAAUUAGGCACUUGCAGGAGGCCUCAAGCACGGAUGGUAAAGCUGCAAUGAAUCUGGCCAAAUUGAAACUCUUCAGGCAUUUUUAUGUCAUGAUUGUUUGUUAUAUAUAUUUCACCAGAAUCAUCGCUAUUCUUCUUAAGUUCACUGUUCCGUUUCAGUGGCAGUGGAUGUACAAUUUUCUAGUGGAGGCAUCAACGUUGGUGUUCUUUGUGCUGACUGGGUACAAGUUUCGGCCAGCCUCCAACAACCCCUACUUACAGCUCCCUCAGGAUGAGGAGGAUGUCACAAUGGAUGAAGUGUAA